ACAGCAAAGCAAAUCACACGCAGCUAAUGGAGGAUAUGAAACUUCUGAAUCCUACGAAGUUCGACUACAAAAGCAAGAUGGAGGACCUUGCUGGCAAAACGGAGACACUGAAAAAACAGGUUGAUAUUAUACUCAAUGCCAUCAAAGUUUCUCGUGUGCAGUUAGAGAAGUGGACUGGCAAGGUUGGAGAGUGUGAGAAACAGUUGCUCAACGCAAAACAUUUAAUCAAAGUGAAGAAGGAAGAGCAUGUCAAUGCAGUUUGCGAUUUCCACAAGACACAAUUGCAUGAACAAGAGCAAGAAAAAAUGUCGCUCGUCUUAACCAAAGAUCUGGAGACUGCAAAAGCUGACGCCGAGAAUCACCUCAAUGAUCAGAUGUACUUGGACCUGCAGCUGAUGGGCAAGUUGUCGGACUUGAAAUACGCUCAAGAGCUGCACAGCAGAAGCUUGCGGCAGCGGGAUAGGGAUCACACCAGACUUCAACAAGUCCAUCAAGCGCUGGAAAGCCUUCAAGCAAGCAUUCCCAGCUAUAGCCAAGAGAAGAAGAACGCUCAAAAGGAGUUCAUUUCCGCGGAAGAAGAGAGCAUAAAACAGGAAGAGCUAGUGGUCGGCAUUCGCGGAGAAGUCGACUUCAUGAUGCGAAGCUUGAGAAAAUCAGAGCUUUUAGGAGACAAUAUUCUCAAACAAGUGCGCCAAUGUAACCAACGGGUGGAGGUGCUGGAAAAAGAAUUGAUAAAGUGUGCUGCAGAAGAUCACAGUAAUCAAAAGCGCUACAACCAUUUGAAAUUGACAUGUGAACGUUUUCAACGUGUUGUAUCGGAAAAGCAUAUGAUGUGGAAGAAAACUCUGAAGACAAUCGAAACACAGAAGAGUUAUCACAAGGGGUUUCUUAAACGGGAGGAGCAACUAAACAAGGAAUACCAAGCCAACAUUCUACUCUACAACGACAUUCGCAGUCAACGCAACAAAUAUCUGCGACUUGUCGAUGAAAGCAACGUUAAGUUGAUGGAGAUGGAGGAUAAGAUAAACCCCGCACAGAAACAGGCGGAAUAUCUUCACGAUGAUGUUACCCACAAGAUGAAGAUCUUCAACAGGCUUCACAAACACGUUCUUGACAGCCAGCAAGCUUGUGGCUGUGUGAAAAUAGAUAUCAACAAGUGCUUCAUAGUUCUGGCGCAAAAAAAGUUCAUUGCUCGUGAACUCAAGCUGGAAAGGAAGCGGUUGAAAGAAUCGCUUCAAAAAAAUGUCAUUGCUCAGAAAAAGAUGCAAGCUUUAUACGCCGUUCACAUUAAAGACCGAAAUAAAUAUGGCCUCAAUGUGAUAGAUCGGAACGACGAGCUGACUAUUUUGUACGAGAAAGCGAAUGUGCAGGCUGAUUUAAUGAAAUUUUCAGAGCUAGACCAUCUUAGACGGCUGGGCGAAAUUGCAUUACUUCGCCGUGAGUGCAAGAGCGUCGCAGCAGACAUUGCCACUGAGAAACGAAUUACUCCUGAUCCCACGGCUCUCUAUGAAGAAUUCAGGUCCCUUAAAAAGCAGGUCCAUAAAGCACAAGUCAAACUGGCGCAGCUCUCAGACUUGUGCGAGAAUCCCUUGGAAAAGACCAAGCGAUGGCGCCAGUUGAAAGGGCAUGAUCACAAACCUAUGGAUCUAGAACGCAAGGCCCGGAUAACGCAAGCGUUUAUAAAUCAGAAAGAAAACCAGGCCACCGAGAAAGACAUCAUUCUGGAAGAGUUGACAGAGUUGCUGGAGACCUCCACGAUACAGGGGGCUCUGAAAUUGGUGAAGGGCAUAGAACUGAGCAAAAAACUCAACGAUACUGUGCGGCAACGGAUCACUACAAGCCGCGCGGUGGUUGCAACCAUCUCUGAACUCGCUCUUGUUCAGGCUAAAGCGAUGGCGAUGAGUCGAGAGAAAGAAGACGCAUGGAACCAGCUCGAUGAAGCUCAAUUACGACUGGCUGCUGGAGAGCCCCCAACGGAAGCGGCAGCAAGGGAAUUAGCGUUCAAGAAAAGAGAAAGUGCGGUGGUUCGUAAGAUUGAAUCGCAACGGCAAGCUUUGCAGCAAGAGGAGCGGGACUAUCAAGAAGCGCUACAUCACCCAUCAAUUGGCAAGAGACCGAAGACGACACCCAAUGUCACCUCUCGAGCAGAGAAACGACCCAAUGUCUAUCUAGGGGGACCUCACGGCUUGCCUCAGCCUUUCCCUGUCCACUUACCCUUCAGACCUUCCACAGGAGGCAGCGUCCUGCGACAUUUUCGCAAGCCCAGCUCCGCCUCCACAGGCCUCCGCCGCUCACUUGUUGCUACUAAGUCAUGAGAUAUAUUUUCUGCCCGACAAAUAACAUGAUGCAUUAUGGUUGCUGUAUCUCAUUUAGGCUUCUAUCACAC